GGUCAGGUUACGGGUUAGCAUCAGAGUCGUGCUCACAGCGACACCCAGUGGCGGACAUGUGGAACAACAGCCAACUGCGAAAGCGAAGCUGUAAAGUUUGUCCAUUACGACUUUCCGUUGAACUGCUGUCAUGUCGGCUCCCUUCGUGUCUCUACGCAGGUGUUGCCAGCGGUCGGCUCUCCUCAACAUCUCCAGACGACUGUGGAGCUCCGACUCAGCGUCUCCCCCUCCUCUUCACACACGAGUCCUCCUUUACCUCACCCAGCGUUUCUAUGAUGUAGAGAUGUUCCUGAGCUGGACGUCUCGCCUGAGGAGGAAGGGGAUUCAGAAGAAGAAUGCUUACUAUGGCUUCACUCAGAAGUACUACGGGACAGACAUCGCAGCAGCGUAUUACAUAUUGAGUCUGAAGGGAGGAUUCAGGUACGUUGGCCAGUCAGAGUGGUUCAGUGCAGACAAGAGGGGAACAUUUAAUUGGGGUUUCUUGGACCACAGAGAAACACCGCUCGAGGAAGUGAACAUGAGCUACACAGUCAUCAACUACAGAGGGCUGGAGAACCUGGUGGACCAGAAAUCUUUGCGGUCCCUCUCAUUACGAGGAUGUCCCCAAGUGGACGACUGGUUCCUGUCCCGGCUCCAUUUGUUCCAGGACUCUCUGCAGGAACUGGACAUUUCUCACUGUCCACACAUCACUAUAGGCGGCCUGGCUGCACUCAGCAAUCUCAGGGGGCUGCGGCGUCUGGACGUGUCGUCCCUCCCAGGGAUUUCGAGUCCUGGGUUGGUCAUUAUCCUGCUGGAGGAGAUGUUACCGCAGUGCAAGAUCACCGCUACUGGCUACAACCACAAUCUGAGGCAGGAGGAAGGAGAGAUGAAGGAGGAGCACAUGCAAGCGCAGAGGUAGAGAAUCAGUGGAAUCAAGAUCCGUUCAGAAAGAGAGCGUUCUCUGUGAGAGCUCAGGAUGCUGACGGAUCAUAAAGAGACAUGCGGAGCAAACAUCUUGCAGCAAUACGACCAUCACAGCGUAAACAGCUGGUCAUCGCAGAGAAGAUCAAGUGUGGAACGAGAAUGUACUUACUCAUGUUUGUUGGAUUACUUGGCAGCGUCAUCAUUCUGCAGAUUUAGGAUGUAAAUCUAAAUGUAUGCAAAGUCGUGUAUGUCCCGAGCAAAAUGCACUUUGUCUGUAAACGUGUUUGUUUUAUUUGCUGAAAUGUAAAUAUAAUUGAAAAUGUACUGAAUAAAGAUUUUAUUAUUCAAUAACACAA